AUGACCAAAUAUCGACUGACCCGUGAUUCAACCUUGGCGAUAAAAAAUUCAAUUUAUUUCCUUAGCUUCAUCAUUUAUUCCGGUGCUGCCAUUUCAAGACACCACAUUCAAAACAAAGAACAUGGAUUCAAGGUUUUGGGUUCUACUGCGUUCACUUCUGUUGACGUUGCUUAUAUUGGCCUUGACCGGACUUCAUGUAACCUCGGCAAUCUACACCUUCCCAUACUAUGCCUCAAGCCGAUUUCCAGAAAAUGAGUGGUUUAUGAAAGAAUCUGAGGGACCAGAAGAUUACUGGACCGAUCCCGCUGAACUGCCGUGAAUUUUGAACCACUGACUGACAGUGAAAACACAACCUCGAUUUCUG